CGAGCGUACACCCUCUCUCUCCUGGCUAUACUGCAGAAAAAGCAGAGGACUCUGUUUCUCUCUCUCUCUCACUCUCUCUCUCUCUAUACGUAUAUAUCGUUCACUCUGUUCUGUAUAUAUAUAGCCUUUUCGUCGGAAGCACCACCGGAACUCACGUAAGCACAUUCCCUUAUACACAUCAGCCAACCAAGAGAGAGAGAGAGAGAGGGGGGUUGAAAUCUCGUCCUUAGCCCUUUUCUUUUAGCCCUUUUCUUCUCCUCCGCGUGCCCUCCUUUUCCGCCACUGUCAGAUCCUCUUUCUCUCUCUCUCUCUCUAAUCUUUUGUCCUCCACUCUGCUCUCCAUUUUUGUUCUCUCUUUCUUUUUUCUUUGUUCUUUGUUCUUUGUUCUUUGUUCUUAGUCUCUCUCUAGGCUCUAGUUUUUCCGUAACGAUCUUUGUUUGGUUUUGGGUUUGGGUUUGGUUCUUGCUCUGUUUUAUAGACAAAAUCGAACAGGAAAUGCACUGAUGGACAAGCUUGGUUUCUUAAAACUGAACAAUACGCUAUGACGAGUUUGAGGCAAUGGGCAUCGGUGUCUGCACCUGGAAAUGAAGGAGAGGCAGCGGUGGCGACCUGAAGAGGAUGCUCUGUUGCGUGCGUAUGUAAAACAGUAUGGACCAAGGGAGUGGAACCUUGUGUCACAGCGCAUGAACACGCCUCUUGACAGAGACGCCAAAUCCUGUUUGGAGAGGUGGAAAAACUAUCUCAAACCGGGCAUCAAGAAAGGUUCCCUCACCGAAGAAGAGCAGCGCCUCGUCAUCCGUCUUCAGGCCAAACACGGCAACAAAUGGAAAAAAAUUGCAGCUGAAGUCCCUGGCCGAACUGCCAAGAGACUCGGUAAGUGGUGGGAAGUUUUUAAAGAGAAGCAACAGAGAGAACAGAAGGACAACAACAAGGUUGUGGACCCGGCCGAAGAGGGCAAGUACGACCGGAUUCUAGAGACAUUCGCGGAGAAGUUGGUGAAAGAACGCCCUGCCCCAACAUUCCUCAUGGCGACUUCAAACGGAGGGUUUCUUCACCCCGACCCACCCACUCCUCCACCGCCAAAUUUACUUCCUCCAUGGCUUUCCAAUUCUAGUACUGCCUCCAAUGUACGGCCACCCUCUCCUUCUGUAACACUGUCUCUUUCUCCGGCAACUGUUGCCCCCCCGCCUGCAAUUCCUUGGCUGCAGCCUGAUAGAGGACCCGACAAUAACCAUCGUGUGUUGGGCAAUUUGCCACCGCAUGGGUCAACACCGCCUCCUUGUGGUGAGAACUUGCUGAUUUCUGAACUUACCGAAUGCUGCAGAGAAUUGGAAGAAGGGCACCGUGCUUUGGUGGCACACAAAAAGGAAGUGGCGUGGAGGUUAAAGAGGGUGGAGUUACAACUGGAAUCAGAGAAGGCUUGUCGGAGGCGAGAGAAAAUGGAGGAGAUAGAGUCGAAAGUAAGGGCUCUUAUGGAAGAACAGAAGGCUGCACUGGAUAGGAUUGAAGCGGAAUACAGAGAACAGUUAGUGGGACUGAGGAGGGAUGCAGAAGCCAAGGAACAGAAAUUGGCUGAGCAGUGGGCUGGAAAGCACGUGCGACUCACGAAGUUUCUUGAGCAGAUGGGGUGCCGGUCCAGGCAUUCAGAGCCCAAUGGCCGGUGAGUUGACAUUCAUGGUUUGGCAUAGUUGUAUUAUCAGGACUGGCCUUUUUAUUUUUUUGGCUCUUUUUUACUUUUAAGUCUAUUUUCAAACGAUAUGUUAACUUGGUGUUCAAAAAAAAAAAAAAAAAAAAAAAUUUAACUUAUCUAUUAUAGGUGUAUAUUUUACAAGUAGUGUCUACUUGUCGCCUAAAUCAUCUGUCUUUCUGUUUUGUUGGAGUGAGAGCAUGUGCGUGCUUUUCCAGUGCAAAAUGAUCGUUUGUUCUCGGAUCUUAAAACCUUCUUACUGUGUUUAGCAGUGGAAGUAAUUGGAGGUGAAAUUAUUCCGAUUGUUAGCAAGGCAUGACAUUGUGUAUGAUUAAAGCCAGUUAUCGUGUUUGAGAAGUCUUUGGGUAAUGAUAUGUAUAUAUAGUGAUGUUUGGGGGAAAUUUUCUCAUGAUAGAGAUAGGCAAAGAAGGUUUUUGCAUACGGUGAACUCAAAUCAACCACCGUUUGUGCUACAUGGCCGGUGGUUUUUUGGUCGGAAGGUACUUCGCUGGUUAGCCAGGUCGUUAGAAGAGGGUUGAGAUGGCAGUGUUUGUAAUUUCAGUUAAAACUACUCUAAUAUCCAUCAAUUCAAUAAAUGAUUCCAUUUGCAUCAA